AUGAAUUCAGGUCGUUCUCAUAUUGUUGGAACAACAACAGCAACAGCUACGACAACUACUACAACAACAACAACAACAACUUCAACAAUAUCUACAAAACCAGUGGAUACAGUGGUGGUGAUUGGUCCAUCUGUUCUUGGGGAAAUAGUGUCGACCGUCGCGGCGCCACCAUCACCACAAUCAUCAUCAAGUGGUACAUUAACACCAUCACAUUUCUACUCACCAGCUAGUCCAUCAGUGCUUGAUCUUCCAACACAAUUAUUCACCACCAACAUACCAUUAGACAUGCGCAUUGUAAAAGAAAAACCCUAUUGA